AUGGAGGGUGGAAGACCCCCGCCACAAUUACCGUUCUCGCGGAAUACCAACACGGCUUCUCCAUAUGGUCGUUCUACGUUUCCACCUGCGCCGAAUGGUCAAACAUCACAAUACCCUACCUCGUCGCAUCCACCGAGCGCCCCUCCUCCAUACGCGGAUCAUCAGCGAAGGACUUCUGAUGGUCAAUAUUUUCAAGCGCGUUAUCAAGAUGGACCACCACAAAUACAUGGGGGAGGUCAUUCAAGGCAUCCAAGCUCUUCUUCGAUUGGGCAUGGUACUCCAGUAGGACGAGGUAUGCCACCUCCAUCCUCUCCCCAGCAGCAACAGCAACACCAAGGGCCCAUUCAACAUGCGUAUGGACCGCCACACCCUCGAGCACCUCCAGUAUCUGUUGGUCCGCCAGCUGGCUUUCCAAGUGGUCGAGAACUACCGCCACCACCUUUGAAUAGACCACCGAGCACGGCGGGAAGUAACAUGUCCAUUUCAUCAUUGCUUGGAGGUCCAACGCCGGCUACUCGAGAUCCAAUGCCGGGCCAGUACACUUCCCCUAUCAACACCUCGGCACCGCCUCCUAUGUACGGUAGCGCGACGCAUGCUUCACCACGCGUUAAUUCCGCUGCAAAUGAAUAUACCUCUUUUGGACGUCCUCGGACGCCCGACUCACGCUAUGAACAUCGGGAUCAUCGCGCAAACUCUGCAGGCUCUCCCCCAGGACAAUAUGGGACGCCUGACCAUCGACAUGGUACCCCUCAGCAAUAUGGUCCAAGACCCGCCCAAAAUCCCUUAGCACAAUACCCGGAGGAUAGGCGAGAUUCACAACAAGGAAUGAGAAUGAAUAAUAUGAACAUGCCCCCGCGACCAAGCAGUCAACCAAUGACAUACAACUCUUCCAUUUCUCGUUCUGGAGACCGUCCAGCAUUGCAUGGCGAACCGCAAUUUGGCGGUAGAAGAGUGGAUCAUGAUCCUCGAGGACUGGAGACCUUGACCAGAGGAGAAGCUAUCCAUCAGAGGCCUCCCGGUGGUUUCAACAAUAGGCAUGAUCCAGCUUUCGAGCACAUUGAGAGAGAGCGAGAUAGGGAGAGGGAAAGAGAGAGAGAGAGGGAUAGGGAUAGGGAAGCGGCAGCGGCGGCAAUGAUGUUGAGUCAGAGGGAGAGGUCGGUUGCAGAGCGCGAACAAGCUUUGGCCAUGCACGAACGACCCGGGAUGCAUGGAGAGUAUCCGCACCAAAUCCCACAACGAGCUCAUGCUCAGAUGUAUGGUCGGCAACCUGAUCCUCGUGAACAAGCAGCUUGGGUUCGCGCUGGACAUGAUCAGAGAAUGGGAUAUGAACAACCGCCGUAUGACCGUCCGCCGCCAUCGUAUCCACAUGGCAAUGGUUAUGAUUACCCACGAAGCGCGGCCCCACAAUACCCGAACCACCCCGCUUAUGACCCAGUGCCCCAUCAUGAACAACGUGACCCUCGAUACCCCCCUGUUUCUCAUCAUCAACCCCAUCCACAAUCACAAACAGCAGCAGGUCCAGGUCCCCAUUUCGAGCAAUCAUAUGAAGAGAGAAUGGAUCGUGGUCCACACCAACAGCAGCAGCAACAGCAACAUGUGGCAAGACAACAAGUGGCUGAAGGUCAAGCACGCGUGAUGCAGCCUCAACCAUUGGCAUAUGGUGGAUCAAUGCCACCAAAUGCUCAAUACCAACAACAUGACUCCCCCCAAAGAAGACCAAUUGAAGAAGGACCUCAAAUGAUGCAACAGCAACAAAGCCAGAGGAGCCUUUUAAGCGUUCAAGACAAUCGAAGAGGAGGUCGAAUUUCACCUAUUCCUCAAGCUGUACAAGGUGCACAAGUUCAGCAUCCAGGUCCUGCUGGCGAACCCGGUAUUAAAAGCGAAUUUGGUAAGAUAUUCCACGGUAUUGGAAGUGGAGUAGGUGCAACUAUGAGCAUGCCCAGUCCUGUUGCAGGUUCUACUGCUGCGGGAUUGCCCUUCUCUGGACCACGUCGUGAUGACCUUGAUUCACCGUCUGCUCAUAACUCGCCCAUUGAAAACAAUGGUUCCAUGAUGACCCGUCCAUUUGGAAGACGCCGGAAGCUCAAAGAAGAAGAAAGAGGUGAUGAUGAAAGCAGCACAGGCCGACAGACACCUAACGGCAGAGCAAAGCGUACAAAACAUGCUGCACAUAGACAUCAUCACCAUCAUCGCCCCGAUGCUUUGGAUCGAAUUCCAUCACCUUCGUCACAAACGUUGACACCAUUCAAGAGCAUCAAGGGCACUAACGGUAAUGUAUCCCCACCAAAUGGCGAGAGAUCGGUCGUUCCACAUCAUCAUAUCCAACGACAUCAUCAUCAUCACCACACAGCAGGACCGAAAAUUGCCUCGCCUAUGAAUACCGUUAUCCGCAUGCCUAGAUACGAAGUUAGGUCGCAAGCGAUCAUUGAUGCAGCUUCGAUACAUCCCCGUUGCCACCUUGGAUACGAGUAUUACCAACCUAAUCUCAAACUGUUUCGAUCAAGCUCUUCUGAUCGACUCCCUUAUAAUCGUGCCUUUGCCAGUACCAACAGAGCUUUCCCCAAUUUUGAAGGCAAGGUCAAUUGCACGUAUACCAUCAAAAUUUCUCGAGCUCAUCUCAGACCAGAAAGUAGAGAAGAAAUCACUUAUCGGAAAAAUCUAUGGGGUACUGACGUCUAUUCGGAUGAUUCAGAUAUCAUUGCUGCUUGCAUUCAUCAAGGUUGGAUUUGUGGAAAGUGGGCCAAAGAUGUCGAUGUUAAGCUUUUGAAUCUUUAUCCAUCAGAUGAAGGUGUUUCCGUCGAACCAGAACUUGAUAUCCCGUACGACGGACCGGAUGAGACUUUUGAUCACCCUCCUGCCAAAGGUCCUAUGCCAAUUCGUAUGGAUCAUGAUCUCCAUGUCACAGUACUUGUUCUGGAUUGUCUUGACAAGUACUCUAGCAAAGUUCGUUUCGGUAUCAGGAGUCGUGAAUGGGGAGGCAAAAACACAACUGCGCAUGAUGGUUUGAGUUACUUGAUCAUGAACAUAAAGUGGGUUGACGGAGUAGAUGGGAUGGAAAGUGGAAACUUUGCCAAAAAACGGUUCUUGAACAUGCAACAUCAGGAGAAAUCUACGGAUAGGCAGGAACAAGAGGCUGACCGAGAACGCGAAUUGUGGUUGGAGACGAAGAUGAACGGGAACGGAAAACGAGCCAUAGACCAUGGAAAUGAGGAGGACGUAGUUAUGGAGGAGAGUAACAUGAGAGGUGAUUCGGGUGGACCACAAGUUUUAAAUGAUGGAGAAAUUCGGGGUGUUGGCAUGGGAAGUUGGUGGAAGGGAAAUCCCCGAGAUUCGUCAAAGGAUGCUAAGAACGGCAAAAGUGCAACUGCUCAAAAGAGUCAAGAAAUGACAGGGAAUGGUGCCCUACCAAGCAAGACGCAUCAGUUUGGAGCCCACACCCAGGAUCUUACUGGAGCAAACAUGUCAGGAUAUAUUGCGCAAUCUACGAAGAAUUCCGAAUCCAUCCCCGAACUUUCAAAGAAGAAUCCGCAAGAAUCCGAAGAGGAUAGAGAAAAUUCUAAUCCGACUUUGGAGAGGAGCCAUAUCAAUGUCCCAGCUCUGAGCUCAAAUACUUCAUCAAACAAAGAAAGCGGUAUCCCAGAGGGAGUAUCAGUGCCAGAAUCCAUGGUACUUGAUACAGCAGCUUCGGCUCCUCAAAAAUCAAUGCCUACAGGCACACAAGAGACAGGAAUCCUCGCCGCACAAUCGACUGAAACUUCAUCAGGCCGCCAAGACAAAGUUAUCAAUGAAGUGGAGCCGGCUAGAGGUCCGAAUCACAUGACUUCUAAAUCAGAAACACAAACACAAAUUCCAGCUACCCAGAAGCAGGAUGACAAGAUUGAAAAAUCGUUGGGAUUGAAGGACCAGGAAAUUAUUCCACAAAUUGUCCCAGUUGUAGAAGUCCCUACAGCUGCACCUCAGACUCAAGCUCACGCCCAAGCUCUCCACAUAGGUGGAGAAUCUUCUCCACUUAUUGUGGCAGACGCAACGGUGGAUACAAACUCUUCUGCAUCUGCUCCUGCAAAUAACUGA